AUGGUGAAUUGGCAAACAUUGUUCAUGGUGUCGCUGAGGCGACAAGGUAGUUCCUCUCGUUACAGAUAUAAGUUCAAUAUGGAAAAUAUCACACAUCAGGUGUUCCCUCGUUGUAAGCAAGCCUUUAAGAAAGCGAAUCUAAGUUAUGAAUAUUGUGAUCUUGAGGGGAAACUGUACAAUGCCUCGCUUAUGGACUUGCAGAAAAUGCUACUACGAGAUAUAAAUGCCCCUCGUGACCACGUAUUCAAGAUCGUUAGAACAGACUUGGUGGAAAAAUCUUCAAAGAAGAGGAUCCAACACUGGGAACAGAUCGCACCUAUCUUUGACCAUCCUCUGAGUCUUUACGAAAACCUGCUGAGCGAAAUGGAUAAUAAUUUCAAGCCAUCUUUUGAAUGGCAACAAUUAAUAGAGGUACGAUCCAGGGAUGAUCAGUUGAAACUACAACGUGUAGUUUGGCCCAAAUCUAUAUUUUCGAACUUCUGUAGAGGAAUAGGGGUUAAGAAGAACACUUAUGAUAGAUUGUUGAAGCAAAAUAAUGGAGAGGUACCCAUGUUUGUCAAUCCUGCUAACGCGAAGCCUUUGCCUCUUUUCCAGGUUGGCGAUGAUGCGACGAUUGGAGAAUUCGAUGGUAUUGGUAUUUUCCCCUACUUUGUAGUUAAACACAGAGCUUUCUUCGUUACCGAGGUAGAUAAAUUGAAAACCAAGAUAAUCUCGCCACUUUGUAACUUGAAUGAACGAAAGCGUACCGAUAAGGCUAAUGCCGGUCGACUACUGGAGAAUGAAAAGGGUGAGCCAUUUUAUGUGGAUGCAAAGGGUGCUACAAGUCGAGCCGCUGAUGGCAAUGCCGUCACUUUGAAACAGCUUCUGGAAAGAUCGGUUAGCCAUAAGACACUGUGGAGCAAACAGACAAACAAAGACAGAACAUGUCCUGGAGACAUUUUGAGGGCCACAAUAUUAUCCAAUGACUUCUCCAUCCGGCAAUUGAGGACUGAAUUUUGCAAAAAUUUCAUCCUCUACAAUAUAUUUACCAUUUUACAGCGUAAUAAGAAGAGUAUACGUGACUUCUCUAAUGACAAUAACGUGCCUUCUUUCCGUUUCAAUUGGAAUGUUUGGGAUUCAUACAUAUGGAAGCAAUAUCAAGAGGCCGAGUCCAUGACAUUACCUGCGGACCAGGCUUCUCUUAUCAACUACAAGACGAAGUACGACUCAUUUCUUCAAGAUCUGCAAACAUAUUCCACCCUGGUAAUUUCCGAGAUGAAAUGGAACCAAUUUUCUAUUUUUCAAAAUAAUGAAACGAGUUUAUCGAGAUUUGAACACAUUACACUGAUUUUGCAAACCAUACUGACAAAAUCAAAAAUGAUAAGAAUUUUCCAGCCAAACUUGUACAAGUUUAUGCAAGAUGAUUUAAGGGCAACUCUAAUGGAGUUGACGGGUUUCACUGAAUCAAUAAAUGCAACAAUAGGACCUGGUUUUGCGAACGAACAAUCGUUGCAAUCUGCCAAUGCGUUGAAGAAAUUGGCCAACCAACUUUUACAUUUUGAACAAAAGAUAUACGCCGAGAAAUUCCGUGUAAAUAGGCCAAUCCAGCUUCGCCCAUUAACGCUAUCAACAAACUUCAAAAUUGUUAUUCUGGAUAAGCAGAAUGCCAUACCCGAAAUAUUCCAAACCUUACUGAAGUUCACGACGCAAAUAACGACAUAUUUCGUGAAAGAUUUGUCGGAGGUGGAGCUUCAUGGGCAUAUGCAUUGCAUUGAUAAAAAAAUGCUGGACAAGUCGACAUUCAUGUAUUUGUAUGAACUCAAAUACAACGAAGAUCUCAAAGCAGUUCCUCCUCAAAAGGAGAAGAUCGUAGAUAAUAUUAUCGGCUUGUUAUCCAAUGAUGAAGAACAUUGA